ACACAUGUGCGCUUUCGUCCCCUUGUGCGAUCGUUAGGCGCAUGUUUUGUUGAUUGUCCUGUCGUGCCAGAGAUAAUAUCCUUAAUAGCUUUCGCAUGUGUGUUGUUCACUUUUCUCGCUCCGUACUGUGAAAAUAGUUUAAAAUCUUCCUAUAACUUGAACUUGCUUCAUCUUUUCUACUCCCAAGUUUAUUCUUGAAAACUGUGCUUCACUCCAAUCGUUUUCUUUGCUGGAAAUAAGCGUCAGAAUGGCCGAUGAUGAAUGUCCUCCACUCUGUGAGAUGGAAACGGGAGAUUCUAACGGCGAAGAAGAUGAUGCUGACGAGUGGGAAGUAGCCGAGGAGCAGAAUGAUCCGGUAAGAUGUUUGUUCUGUGAACAGAUCUCUCCGACGAUGACGACGGCUAUUCGACAUGCCCGGGAACGGCACGAGUUUGACUUGGGCGAAGUAAGACGUAGAUUUCAUCUGGAUGAAUAUGCGUACAUAAAGAUGAUCAAUUAUAUACGAUUGGAGAAGCCGGAUCCGUCAGUGUUCAAGAAUGGUACGAGCGUGUUCUGGUCCGAUGACAAGUACUUGAAGCCGGUUGAGAACGAGACGUGGUUGAUGUUCGAUUUAGACGAACUGGAUGAGAUCUUGUUAAAUGGCAAUGGGAAUGGGGGUAGUGGAACGCGGGAGAAUGGCAACAACAUUGGGGAGACGAUAACGUUGACGACUGAUCAGUACCGGAAGCUGCAGGGGAUAAUCAAUGAGCUAACGGCGCAGCUACGGGAGAAGGAAAAUCUUCUGCAGCAUGCGUCCAGUGACAUAGAGAAGAUGAAGGAAAGUUUCCGGAAUCUGCUGGAACAGCAGAGCGAACAGAUGGUGGGAACUGGUAAAAAUAAGAAGGCACCUGACGAGAAGCUAGCACAAAUCAGGGAAGAGCUGAGACACUGCGUUAGCACAGUGGCCGUGGAGGACGAUCAGGGCUACUUCAAUACGUACUCGCACUUUGGUAUUCAUCACGAUAUGUUGAGUGAUUAUGUUCGAACAGCCAGCUAUCGUGAUGCCAUUGUCGAAAAUGGUGAAAUCUUCCGAGAUAAGACGGUGCUUGACUUGGGCUGUGGUACGGCUAUUUUGUCCAUGUUCGCUGCCAAAGCCGGAGCGAAGGAAGUGAUCUCGGUCGAUCAGUCGGAUAUAAUCUACCAGGCGAUGGAUAUUGUCAGAAGAAAUAAUAUCGAGAAUAUUAAGUUCGUAAAGGGACGGCUGGAGGAUAGCGAACUGCCGGUGGAAAAGGUGGACAUUAUUGUGUCCGAAUGGAUGGGUUACUUCCUGUUGUUCGAAGGGAUGAUGGAUAGCGUGAUCUAUGCUAGGAAGCAGUACCUGAAGGAGGGUGGCUUCAUCCUCCCGAACAGGUGUAAUAUUAGUAUAGCCGGGUAUGGAGAUAUCGAGCGGCAUGACGAGUUUAUCGGAUUCUGGAAGAAUGUUUACGGCUUUGAUAUGUCCUGCAUGAAGAAGGAAGUGUUAAGGGAGGCCACCGUAGAAGUGUGCAAACCGGAACAUGUCAUCACCAACGCUAACAUAAUUGCCAAUUUCGACCUGAUGGAGGUGGACGUCGAUUGUCCCAAUUUCAGCUACAACUUUGAACUUACCGUCAAGAAGAGCUGCAAAUUGACUGCCUUGGUUGGUUAUUUUGAUACGUUCUUUGAACUGCCUCAGCAUGUUGAAUUUUCAACCUCGCCCUACACGAGACCAACGCACUGGAAGCAAACGAUUUUCUACGUCGAAGAACCGAUCUCCGUGCAGGAAGGACAGGUGAUCAAAGGUAAGUUUAUAUGCAGACGGGACCCGAAGGACGCACGGUCGCUGUUCAUAACGAUCGAGUACCUCGGCAAGGUGCUUAAGUACACCCUCAACUAGCAGAUUGGGAUACUCAUUCUGCUAAAUUAAAAACCGCGCAGGACAUUUUACGAAGCGCGAUUCAAUAGAAGAAGACCAACAAACAGCUUUAAGCAUGAGAAAAUAGGAGCUUGAUCACAACACAAAAUAAGAUUUCACACUUUUACUAGAACGACACACAACGAACGCAAACAAGGCAAACCAAUCCUAUAUUUAAACUGCCUUGUUGGAAAUUGUUUCCCUCUAUACUAUCGAUCUACAUGGGAUAUCGCUUUAAUUUUGAACUAGACUAUAACAACUUUUCUCUUCCAAUUUUUGAAAUCACCCAAAUACCUAUAGGAACUAUACUCAGAAAACAACUCACUAGAGACAAUCAGUUUCUCUCUCGGUAGGUCCACAGAACAUCCCUCAGUUUUUUGAUCUUUUUGCGCCCGGAAAAUUGUCAAAGUAGAACCAACCAUCGCUCCUCUUAAAUUAAAUAGUAAUCGUAAAGGUUUCCCGUUCGUUGAUGAUACAACUAUCUACCUACUCCCCUUGCUCACUGUUAGUAGAAUAGUGUUUUUUUUUUUAAAGAACAUCAGCUAGAGGAGGAGCCACAACCCAAUAAACAGUAAUGUGUAGUUGAAAAGGAACAAGCUUUAAUUUUUUACACUGAAGGCUAAUUUUUGUACACACAGUUUUUUCAUCCCUCGAGAACGGAAUGUUUAGCCGAGUAUUUUUGAUAUGAGAGAAAGACAGAUUUUGAUUAAAGUUUCAAACUGCGAACCAGGAAAAUAUAACUAGUAAUACAUAUAAUCAAGGCAGAAAUUGUCGCACUUCCAAGGUUGAUAGAUUAUAACUGAAUAGAGUACAUUAAUAUAACACCUUAUAAAUAUAAAGGACAUAAAUUGAACUAUCUUUACCCUGUUGCUACUACACACAGUCUGGUGUUUUAUCUAUAUGCUUACACAAACAGAAAAAAAAAGAGUUUAUAACAUACAUUACAAGUUCGAAUAUUUAACAUAAACGACAUAUCUUAACUGACAGUAAGUCAUUCAAUAAGCAUGAUAAUUAAAUUUUUCAAGCAUUUAUAUGUAUUGGUGCUGCUGUAGGAAUUUGCGCGACAAAAAGGUACGAGGCGAAUGUCAUAAUAUAAUUGUCAGAAUUCUUAUAUUCAGGGUUAAAAUAGUGAAAAUUCGGAAUAAGGCGGUUAGCUCGUAGCGGCUAGUUAAAAGCAAUGAUAGUAAUGGAAUUGAGAUGAUCGUCCGUGUUGAUUUUGCCCAUUUACCCGUUUUGAUUUUGCACUAUUUAAGGUCUGAAGUCACGCGUCCGCCAUUUUUAUUGGUUCAUUGAAAAACUGGUGUUUAAACCCAACGAUCUCCAAUAUGGUAAAAUUGAUUGAAAAAUCCAAGUGACCAACUUUUCUAAUUAUGCCAAACAAUGUUCUGUGAAAUAGUCAAAGUCCUGGGAGUUCUCAAAUUAAAAAAUAUAUAUAUAUUUUAACCAUUUCUAGCACUUUAUUCCAGUAACUUUAUGCCUUUCUCUCAAAGUUAUCAGUUGUUAGAGAAAAUGGAUCGAGAAUUCCUUUCGGACAAAAGUUUUGUAUUUCCCUAAUGAUCAUUUAAGCAUGAAAAACAUGUGUGCAUUCGUUAUUAUUUUUGAGAAAUUAUACUUCAAAGUUGCAAAAUGUUUCUUCAAAUGUACAUGAAUUCCUGAAUUAGGAGAAAAUCCUUUGCCACCGAAAAAUCCCAUAAGAAACUGUCAAUCUUUCCUAGAAGCAGCGCUGCCAUUUAUACAGAUUUAUCUGUAUUAUACAGAUUUUUUAAUCUUAAUACA